AUGAUAGCGCUUGAGAGCUCUGUUCUCGGUUGCGGCAGCGAUGACUGGUCGGUGGACAGCGACUACGCCUUCCAAGACUUCGCCGACGACGUCAAGCAUCACCAACAACAACAGGCACGGCACGAAAAGAGCGAACAAAAUCUUCUGCAGUCUUCAUCACCGACUCGCGAGAGAAGCGCUGUGCCAAAUCCAGGAACACCGAUCAACAAGCGUGUCGUGGGCAGCCUGGACGAUAACUCAAGGGCCGAAACAACAGAACUUCACGAGCACCCGGAGGCAGCAGAAGGAGCUCGGGCAGACACGUUGACAGCGGGAGGAGCGCAGGCUGCUGGAGGCGGAGGGGGGGUAAUACCUGAAGAGGGGGAGGUGGGCGGAAGCAGAAGAGGUUCAGCCUCGGAAGCCGGCAAGGAUAAUCGGCACCACCCAGUACUGUCUAAUACCAGGCUUUUCGGGGAUCCUGGUAGCAGUUCUGACAGCACGCACAUUCUGAGGCUCGAGCAACGCAUGUUUCUCAAGGCCGCGUUUCAGUUGCUGGAGGAACGAGAUCGCCUCUUCCCAGCGUCGAUCGGCUCGUGGGGCACCGCCGGCGGCGGGUGGGUACCUCCAAGCGGUGGCGGUGGCGGCGGUGGGGGCAGCAACCUUCGCGACCGGCGAGGCGGGUACGUUAACGGCGGGGCCGUUUCCGCCGGAAAGGCUGGCGAGGGCGCUCGCUUCCAUUUUCAGCAGCACGAGCCCAAUUUCUACGCGAACAGGCCGAGGAUCCUCAAGUCAGGGACCCUGCGGAAGGCCACGGCGAGGAGCGUUGGGCGCCUCGAGAAAACCACGUGGAAAACCAAGUACGUCGAGCUCACGCCCGGGAGCUUCGCGUACUCCGACAACGGGCCCAUCGUGAUAGGGAAGAGGGCUGAAACUUGGCAGUUUUCGUGGAUGACACGAGUACGCAACAACUCCGUACCCUAA